GAGACCGCAAAAGCCCGAGAGCCGCCUGCGGGAACUACAGCCUUAUUUAAGCGCGAAAAAGCGGGGUCUUGCACGCUGUCUACAGAGGGAAGUUACCACGUUGGCUGCUGUAUAGCUGUUGAGUGCAAUGGAUGAUGGGAAGCCUGUGUGGGCGCCCCACCCGACGGAUGGGUUCCAGCUCGGCGUGAUGGUGGACAUCGGUGCUGACACACUCACUAUUGAGCCACUUAGUCACAGGGGCAAAACUUUCUUGGCUCCCAUCAGCCAAGUAUUCCCAGCUGAAGAUGAUGUCAACAAGCACGUAGAGGACAACUGUUCUCUAAUGUAUUUAAAUGAAGCCACUCUUCUGAAUAAUAUCCGUGUCCGCUACAGUAAAGACCUGAUCUAUACAUUUGUGGCUAACAUCCUGAUUGCUGUGAAUCCCUACUACGAUAUUCCCAAACUCUAUGCCCUGGAGGCCAUAAAGAGUUACCGGGGCCGAUCUUUGGGAACCCUCCCUCCACAUGUAUAUGCUAUUGCUGAUAAGGCAUAUCGAGACAUGAAGGUUCUGCAGAUGAGUCAGUCCAUCAUUGUGUCUGGUGAAUCUGGUGCUGGAAAAACAGAAAAUACAAAGUUUGUCCUUAGAUAUUUAACCACAUCAUACGGGACAGGUCAGGAUAUUGAUGAGAGAAUUGUUGAGGCCAACCCCUUGCUUGAGGCGUUUGGAAAUGCAAAGACUGUGAGGAACAACAACAGCAGCCGUUUUGGAAAAUUUGUGGAAAUCCACUUCAGUCAGAAGAAUGAGGUGGUGGGUGGGUUUGUCUCACAUUAUCUGCUGGAGAAAUCUCGCAUCUGCAUGCAGAGCAAAGAUGAGCGCAAUUACCACAUCUUCUAUCGGCUCUGUGCUGGCGUCUCCGAAGACCUCCGCAGCGUGCUGCACCUGAGCUCACCAGACAGUUUCCGGUAUUUAAAUGGCGGCUGCACCAGGUACUUUGCCAACAAGGACUCCGAUAAACAGAUCAUGCAGAAUCGGAAGAGUUCAGAGCAUACAAAAGCAGGUUCCCUGAAAGAUCCUUUACUGGACGACUUGGGGGACUUCAAAAGGAUGUGCGGGGCUAUGAAGAAGAUCGGCCUGGACGACACCGAGAAGCUCAACCUCUUCCGAGUGGUGGCGGGAGUCCUGCACCUGGGCAACAUAGACUUCGAAGAGACAGGCAGCACCUCCGGUGGCUGUGUGCUGACUAAUCAGUCGAACCAGACCCUGCAGCACUGCGCUGAGCUCCUGGGCCUGGACCAGGAAGACCUGAGAGUCAGCCUCACCACGCGGGUCAUGCUUACCACUGCAGGGGGCGCCAAAGGCACCGUCAUCAAGGUGCCGCUGAAGGUGGAGCAGGCCAACAACGCGCGUGAUGCUCUGGCCAAGGCAGUCUACAGCCGCCUCUUUGAUCAUGUGGUCACACGGGUCAACCAGUGUUUCCCCUUCACAGCCUCCUCCAAUUUCAUCGGAGUGCUGGACAUCGCGGGCUUCGAGUAUUUUGAGCACAACAGCUUUGAGCAGUUCUGCAUCAACUAUUGUAACGAGAAACUGCAGCAGUUUUUCAAUGAGCGCAUACUGAAAGAGGAGCAAGAGCUGUAUCAGAAAGAAGGCUUGGGAGUGAAUGAAGUCCAUUAUGUUGAUAAUCAAGACUGCAUAGAUCUGAUCGAGGCCAAGCUGUUGGGGAUCCUGGACAUUCUGGAUGAGGAAAAUCGUCUGCCACAGCCCAGCGACCAGCACUUCGCCGAGGCCAUUCACAGCAAGCACAAAGACCAUUUCCGCCUCACGGUUCCUAGGAAGUCCAAGUUAGCAAUCCACAGGAACAUACGGGAUGACGAAGGAUUCAUCGUCAGGCACUUUGCAGGAGCUGUGUGCUAUGAGACCACCCAGUUUGUGGAGAAGAAUAAUGAUGCUCUCCACAUGUCCUUGGAGAGCCUUGUGUGUGAGUCGAAGGACAAGUUUGUCCGGAAUCUCUUUGAGAACAACUUCAGCUCCAAGGACUCCAAACAGAAGGCGGGCAAGCUCAGCUUCAUCAGCGUGGGGAACAAAUUCAAGACUCAGUUGAACCUUCUGCUGGAAAAGCUGCAUAGCACAGGAUCCAGCUUCAUCCGCUGUGUGAAACCCAAUCUGAAGAUGGUGAGUCACCAGUUUGAGGGGGCACAGAUCCUGUCCCAGCUCCAGUGUUCAGGAAUGGUUUCAGUACUGGAUCUGAUGCAGGGUGGCUUCCCUUCCCGAGCCCCUUUCCACGAGCUCUAUAACAUGUACAAGCAGUACAUGCCUGCCAAACUCACCAGACUAGACCCACGCCUCUUCUGUAAGGCUCUGUUUAAAGCGCUGGGGCUUAACGACAAAGAUUACAAGUUCGGACUGACGAGGGUGUUCUUCCGUCCUGGAAAGUUCGCAGAGUUCGACCAGAUAAUGAGGUCUGAUCCCGAACACCUGGCUGAGCUGGUCAAGCGGGUCAACAAGUGGCUGGUGUGCAGCCGCUGGAAGAAGGUCCAGUGGUGCGGGCUGUCCGUCAUUAAACUGGCGAACAAAAUUCAGUACAGGACCAACGCCUGCAUUAAGAUUCAGAAGAUGGUUCGCAUGUGGCUGUGCAGGAAAAGACAUAAGCCACGGAUCGACGGCCUGGUGAAGGUGCGGAACCUGAAGAAGAGGACAGAGAAGUUUGCCGAGGCGGUGGAUGGCCUGAAAGAGGGCAAACGGGAGAUGAGCAAGCAGACCCAGCAGCUGGCUGCCUCCAUUGAUGCCCUCCUGGCCAAGAUUAAGGCCACGGUGAUGAGCCGCAAGGAGAUUGAGCAGGAGUACGAAGGCCUGGUCAAGCGCUCGGAGCAGCUCCUCGCCUCCAUGCAGAAGAAGAAGCAUGAGGAGGACGAGCUGGAGCGGCUGAGGCGCAUCCAGGAGGAGAUGGAGCGGGAGAAGAAGAGGCACGAGGAAGAGGAGCAGCUCCGCAAACAGGAGGAAGAGGACCGUCGCAUGAAAGCAGAGAUGGAGCAGAAGAGGAAGCAGGAAGAGGAGGAGAGGAGGAAGAGGGAGAAGGCCGAGCGAUUCUUGCAGGCAGAGUUGGAAGUUCAGCUGGCUGUGGAGCGAGAAGAGGAGACCCAGAGGCAGGCCGUUGUGGAGCAGGAGAGAAGAGACAGAGAGUUGGCCAUGAGGAUUGCUCAGAGCGAGGCUGAGCUCAUUCAGGACGAAGCCCACAUGGACGCCAGCUUACGCAGGGGUCCACAGGUGCAAGCCAGCAAGCUGGCAGCUGGGGGGAAAAAGCAUGACCUGAGCAAGUGGAAGUAUGCCGAGCUGCGAGACGCCAUCAACACCUCGUGCGAUAUCGACCUGCUGGCAGCCUGCAGGGAGGAGUUUCACCGGCGUCUCAAGGUCUACCAUGCCUGGAAAUCCAAGAACAAGAAGCGCAACGCUGAGCUGGAGCAGCGAGCCCCCAAAUCUGUCACUGACUAUGCCCAACAGAACCUGGCUCCACCUAUGCCUGCCUGCCACCAUGAGAUCACCGUGAACCGUCAACAGCGCUACUUCCGCAUCCCCUUCAUCCGGCCUGCAGACCAAUACAAAGAUCCCCAGAACAAGAAGAAGGGCUGGUGGUAUGCCCAUUUUGAUGGACCCUGGAUCGCCCGGCAAAUGGAGCUGCACCCGGACAAACAGCCUAUUCUGCUGGUAGCAGGGAAAGACGACAUGGAGAUGUGUGAGUUGAGCCUGGAGGAGACGGGCCUGACCCGCAAGCGCGGCGCUGAGAUCCUGCCGCGGCAGUUUGAGGAGAUCUGGGAGCGCUGUGGCGGUAUUCACUACCUGAAGAGCGCCAUCGAGAGCAAGCAGGCGCGACCCACUUACGCCACGGCUAUGCUCCAGACCUUGCUCAAGUGAAGGAACCCCACAGCCUCAUGUCUCCAUGUCAGACCUUCCUGUCUGUGGAUUGGUAGACUUUGCAGUAGUGACCAAGGGCUGAAAAGAAGGGACCUCUUUGUGGUGGCGGACAGCUGGAAAAUGCUCGUUUCCAUAAGGGCUUAUGACCUUCUGUAGGUGGGAUUUUGUUUUUUAAAAUUGAAGGAGUUCUUUCUGUAUUUCUGUCAGUCGUAUUGUUUUGUUUUUGGUUUGUAUCAUUUUUGCUGUGGUCAUUUGCAUUUAUCCGCUCUUUUCAGAAUUGUUCUGUAGCACACUCGUUUUGAGCUUCAUGUACUUCAGGUAUUUGCAUCACUAAUCUGUAACUUUUGCCAUUGGUCUUAAAGAAUUGGGGGUCAUUUGUUACUCAGACUUUUGCCUUUGGAGUAGGAAAAAGGUUGUUCUUGUAAAUGUCUUCAUCCCUGAUCAUCCAUCAGUCUUGAUGAUGGAUUCUCUGAUGAUGGAUUGUUUCAUCUUCUUAAUUGUGGACCAAUAAUUGUUUCUGAGUUGUGUGAUUUAUUAUAUGGAAUUUGUAAAUUCAUUUUGGACUUCACUGUUUAUAUCAUUGCAUUGUCAGUCCUAGGCCUGUAACCAGUAGAACUGCUGUUCCAGAUUCAUACUGGGAUGUUUUGAAGUUUCCAAAAACUUCAAUUUCUCUGAUUAGUCAUUUUUGUCUUUCAUUUAUUCUUGUCUUUUGUGCACUUCAAACAGAAUUUCCAACAUACUGUACUACAUAUUUAUUAAUUGGUAGGUCCUUAUUUUUUCAGAUAAUUUCAUCAUGUAGCAUUAUGAAAAUGUUAAAAUGUGAGUAAACAGACUCGCAGCACAAAUAAUUUGUUAGGUUUAAAAUCACAAAACAAAAAUUGUCCAUUGGAAAAGCUUGACCUGGGAAUGAAAAAGUGAUGUGUGACAUGUGCAGCCUUUACCCAGACUGGGCCAGUUUUGACUGACAUUUGUCAGUGUCACUCAUUUUAUUGCAAUAGUCAUUCCAUUAGUUCCAUUGGAUUGGAAUAAACACAUUCCAUAGGAAAA